AUGGCACAACCUCACCAUGAUGUGCCACCUACAGCUGCCAGUUUCGAUCGAGCCGUGUUUUCCAUAGGCCAAAUGCGCGUCGAAAAGCUGGAACCCACGGUCAACCACAGAAGUCUCAUGCCCAUAAUCCUCCUCCACGGAGAUUAUCAUACGGGAUCGAUGUGGCUCACUAAGCCCGAUAGUCGCCCGGGCUGGGCUGUUUUCUUCGCUGAACGCGGCCAUCGAGUCUAUGCUCCGCAACUGCCCUUUCAAGGUCAAUCUGAUACCUCGGCAUAUUACGAACGAGUGAAAGUCAUCACCCCUCGAACCAUUGAGAACCUAUACACGGCCACCAACAAAACCAAUGAUCCAGAGUGGCUGGUGGCAAAGAAGCACACACAGUGGCCAGGAAGCGGCGUCCGGGGCAAUCCCAUCUUUGACCAGUACUUCAACCAACUAGUUCCCAUGUACAUGGACGUCCACGAGCGCCAGGCAGCCGCUCAAGAGGCGGUCGAGAGCCUAUUGCGGCUCCUGAAGCGUCCAGCUAUUCUUAUCGGCCAUGGCAGCGGCGCCAACGUUGCCUGGCUGGCAGCCGAUGUAGCCCCUGACCUUGUCCAUGCUAUCGUUGCAGUCGAGCCACUCGGGUCUCCGUUUGGCUCUGCGCUCCAGAACACGAACGGAGAACUGAGGCCGACGGGCAAAUUCGCAAGGGCUGCUGGCGUACGUCCAUACGGCCUGACGGAUAUACCAAUGCAGUUCGAUCCACCCGUUGCGGCGCCAGAGUCAUUUGAGGAGCUGUUUGGUGGUAUAUAUCCAGAUUUUGAGCCCAUCCCGGUUACCAAGUUUUACGCAAGGGGCCGACAAGGAAAGUUCUGCUUCGAACAAGACCUUGCUGGAAUGCGUGUUGGAAGUCCUACCGAAUCUAGGGCAGAACCCCGGAAGCUUACGAAUUUGGUGGGAAUCCCCCAACUCGUGGUAACAACGGAAGCGAGCUUCCACCGUCUCUCGGAUUGGGCGACGGUACAUUUUCUUCGCCAGGCCGGGACAACAGUCAAACACCACAGACUCGAAGAGCACGGAAUCCGCGGAAAUGGACACCUUUGCUUCCUGGAGAAAAACAGCAACGAUGUGGCCAACCAUGUGCUCAAAUGGUUGCAUAACGAGACAGGUGUCCCGGAAGUACAGGUUCUUCAAUCUCGGCCCUCUCCUUCCCAGACUAUCAGCGCAUCCGGUGACCAUGGACAGUCCGCGACCACCACUUCUGGAAGGGCGUGCCCGACUAAGAAGAGACCAGCGGAAGCUGAACUGAAGCCAGUUGGCACUAUGGCGAACUCAAGUCAAAGACCAAGCAAAAAGGUACAAACCAACACAUCGCAGCCUAGCACCCUCAACCCUCACACAUCAGUCCAUGGUGACGUUCGGAACAGUGACAGUCGCGAUACUCCCCGCGUAUUUCCUCCUCAUUCCUCGGUCGUCAGAAACAUCCAGGUUGCUCAAGGUAUUGCCCCCGUACCCUCGACGCCUCACAACAGACCUAUCCAGCGGACUGGUCAAACCACGCUAAGCGAACGGCGAAUUGUGGAAGUCACUUGGAGUCCCGAUAGUCCAACUCCACGUCAGAUAUAG